AUGGCGGAGGAAGCCGGCGGCGUUGGCGGCGAGGAAUACCUGUUCAAGAUUGUGGUAAUCGGAGAUUCGGCCGUGGGCAAGUCCAAUCUGCUCUCCCGCUUCGCCCGGGACGAGUUCGACCACAACUCCAAGGCCACCAUCGGUGUCGAGUUCCAGACGCAGGUCGUCGAGGUCGACGGCAAGGAGAUCAAGGCCCAGGUGUGGGACACCGCCGGCCAGGAGCGGUUCCGGGCAGUCACUUCCGCCUACUACCGCGGCGCCGUCGGGGCCCUCCUCGUCUACGACAUCACCAGAAAGGCCACCUUCGAGAGUGUCCAGCGAUGGCUUGAUGAGCUUAAUAUUCACUGUGAUACUACAGUGGCGAAAAUGCUAGUCGGGAACAAGUGUGAUUUGGACAACAUUAGAGAAGUGAGUGUGGAGAAUGGUAAGGCUUUUGCCGAGCAAGAAGGAUUGUUCUUCAUAGAGACUUCGGCCCUCGCCUCUACUAAUGUGAAUGAAGCUUUUGAGGUUGUGAUUCGAGAGAUUUACGAUAAGGUUAGCCGCAAAAUACUUAACUCGGACUCAUACAAAGCCGAGCUAUCGUCAAAUCGUGUCGAUGUCAACUUGUCCAAGGCAAAUAGCAGCACAUUUGCAUGUUGUUCGAGAUGA